AUGCAUCCACUUUAGCAAAGUGUUCAUCUUUAAGCAUUCACUUUCUUGUAUCGAUAGAUAUAGCUUCUUAUCUUCUCCAUAUAUAGAGGAAAAUUACUGUUGUAGUGUUGCAAUAAAUUUGAGCGAGAUGCAAGAAAAUGUGCGUAACAGUCCAAAUCUCCAAACUGUUGCAGAGCAGCUUCAAUUUUACAACCCAGGUAGUCUAAACUCCAAACUAGAGAGCAAUGAUGAUAAUAUGUUUGGCUCAAAGUGUGAAAUGGAGUGUAAUAAGGCCAAAGAUGAGAGGUGUGGCUGUCUAGAGUGGAGAGACCGGAGAGCUGCUGUGUUGAUUUGCCUCUUCGAAGGGCAUGAAGGCGAGCUACGUGUACUUCUUACAAAAAGAUCUAUGGAAUUGUCUUCUCAUCCAGGAGAUGUAGCAUUGCCUGGUGGAAAGAUGGAGGAAGGAGAUGCAGAUUACUCUGCCACAGCAUUAAGAGAAGCCAUGGAAGAAAUUGGCCUAAAUCCUGCUCUUAUUCAAGUCGUCGCCAAUCUAGAGCCUUUCGUUUCUCAGCACCAAUUGAGGGUUGUGCCUGUGGUAGGUCUUCUUGAUAGGGUAGAAGAAUUCAAGCCCAUACUUAACACUAGUGAAGUUGAUGCAAUAUUUGAUGUCCCCAUGGAGAUGUUUCUGAAAGAAGAUAAUCAUAGAUUUGAAAAGAAGGAAUGGAUGGGUUGGAAAUAUAAUCUCCAUCGUUUCGAUUAUGAAUCGGAGCAAGGGGUUUUUCUCAUUCGAGGUUUAACAGCAAGCAUUCUUAUUCGCGCUUCCUCUCUCAUCUACCAGAGAUCUCCAUGUUUUGAUCAAGACCUCCCUGACUUUCAACAACUACAAAGAGCCUUGAAUGAUCAAUGCAGCUGAAUUCUAGUUCUCAUGGUUAGGCUUUGUGCUUCUAAGAUAUGUCACUGUAAAACUUACACUUUUUAGCUUAUAAAUAGAAUGUUUUUGGUCAAAUUUGGAUGUCAUUAAACAAUGAAUGGUAAGGCAAGAUGUGGCUUGUGUCCUU